UUAUUCUUUUCGAAUGAAAUAACCAUCCGUUACUGAUCCAUUCCAAAAUAGGAAAAUGACUUUUUUUAGAGAAAGACGCGCGUUCCUUUUCUCUCUCUCUCUUUUUUUAUUCUUUUUGCAAUGGCAAGUUAUUUUGACGAACUUGGAAUAAACACAACACAAAAGAAACGAACAACAGUUGAUGUUGAUUUGGAUUCAUUCAUGAAUCCUUCAACAUCUCGUCAAGAUGUUAAUCUGAAUGCUGAACAAUUGCUUCAAACAGCCAAGUAAAGAAAGAAAGAAAAAGAAGGAAAAAUCCAGAAACUGAUUAUAUGCAUAGCCUUUUCAAUCACUUUCGACAACAAAUGCAAGCUCAGGGGAACGUAGACCAGGAGCAAUUCUUGGAUAAUUUGGUGACCCAAUUACUGGAAGAAUCUCAGCAACAAAUCAAGGGGCCUCCACCUGCCUCUAAUCGAUUUAUCCAGAUGCUACCUGACGUAAAGGAUUUAAAAGAUGACGAUACAUGUAUUAUUUGUAAAGAAGGCCUUUUAAAGCACGGAUCCAAGGUGACCAAGAUGCCAUGUGGCCAUUUAUUUGAUAAAGAAUGUAUUAUACCUUGGUUAGAAUUGCAUAAUACAUGUCCAUUAUGUCGAUAUAAAGUAGAAACAGAACAAGAGGCUAAAGAAGAAGAGGAAGAAGAGAGACAAGGAUGGAUGUAUGGUUAGGAUCUACGCACACCACUCUUUUACUGCUCUUGUGUGACACGAGUGUACGUUACCUAGCAACAUGAUAACAACAUAUUUUAUGAGGGAAUGCGGGAUAUGUUUCCGUUUAGUAUAACAAUAAAAGGGGAGGAAUGAAAGAUAGUAAAUAUUUACCUUG